AUGACCCGUCAUCGAUUUUCGAAAGAAGAAAUUUUAAUUUGUCGUCGUUCGUUAUUAGCAUGGUAUGAUACUAAUAAACGAAAGUUACCUUGGCGUGAUUGGCAUGAUACAAAUGCAAAUAUUGUUGCUUAUCGAGUACUUGUUUCUGAGUUAAUGCUUCAACAAACUCAAGUUGCUACUGUUAUUCGAUAUUACGAAACAUGGAUGAAGCAAUGGCCCGAUAUCAAAUCAUUAGCUGAAGCUACUGAAGAUGAUGUUCUCAAAUGUUGGGCUGGUCUUGGCUAUUAUAAUCGAGCACGAAAUUUACAUAAAUGUGCUCAAUUGAUUAUCAAUGAAUAUAAUGGUGAAUUUCCAAAUGAAUUGGAUAUAAUGAUUAAUCGAUUACCUGGUGUAGGCCGUUAUACAGCUGGUGCUGUUAGUUCAAUAGCAUUUAAUCAGUCGAAUCCAAUUCUUGAUGGUAAUGUCAUACGGGUUUUGUCUCGCAUGCGAUGUAUUGGAAGUGAUUUAAAGAAAAAAUCUACAACUGAUCUUCUAUGGUCAUUAGCAACUGAUCUUGUAUGUCCCGAAAGACCUGGUGAUUUUAAUCAAAGCCUUAUGGAAUUAGGUGCUACAGUAUGUACACCACAAAAACCUAAAUGUACUAUAUGUCCAGUUCAAAAUCAAUGUUUAGCUUAUCUCAAACAAAUUCAACAAACUGUAAUUGAUAUUGAAGAAUGUUCAUUAAAUUGUACAUUUUGUUUAAAAUCUGAAAAUAUUGAAUCUAAUCGUUCUCUUGUUGAAAAUUAUCCACGAAAAAAAGAUAAAACCAAACAACGAAAAGAAAUAUCAUUUAUUCUUAUAAUUUAUCGUUUAAAUCCUAAACUUGAAUUUUUAAUGAUUAAACAAAAACAAUCCGGUCUUUUAUCUGGUCUUUGGUCAUUUUUAGAAAUAAAUUCUUCUAAUGAUCUUGAUCAAAUGAAUGAACGUAAGAGAAAAAAUUUUAUUAUGGAACAAAUACAACAUAUGACUAUAUUCAAUAAAAAAAUCAAUAUUGAAAAUAUUAAAUUAGCUGGACAAUGUCGUCAUCUUUUUUCUCAUAUCGACAAACAAUAUAUUAUUUAUUUUGCACAUUAUGAUCAAAAUGAAAUAUUAACAUCAACAUCACAAAUGCAAUGGUUUAAUCAAGAACAACUUCAAACAUCAGCUAUUUCAACAGCUAUGAAAAAGGUAUUUAAUACUGCUUUACCACAAAUUAAAUUGUGGACAUCAAAUGGAAAAAAAAAUGGAACUCUUGAUAAUUAUUUCAAGAAAAAAAAAAAUAAAUAA